AUGGUAAAUGGAAGCCCAAGAUAUAUUCAGACUUUAGCAAUGAAGAAGUCGGCUGAAAGGAGAGAUCUAAUCUUGACUAUUCUUAAAUCGACGGCGACAAAAAGGGAGGCCAGAUAUUAUCUAAAGCGAUAUCCACUCUUGGAUAAAAGCAAUAUUUACAAAAAUCCAACUGAUCUGCUUAAGAACAUCCAAUUUAAUCAAGAACUUUCUGCAAACGGAAAGUAUAAUCAAUACAUUGAUGGCACGUUAGAAUCUCAACCAAAAGAUGAAAUCGCUGCCAAUGAAGUUCAGUUGAAUGAUCUUGAGAAUGCAGGGGACGAGAUACAUUUAUCUGAUACGAUUAGAGUGAUGAUGAUCAGAAUUCGAAAUCUACACUCCUUGAGUAUAAGCACUAUUAGAAACAUUGGUGAAAUUCUAAGCAAAUGCAUGAGACUAGGUGCUUCUCCAAUAAUAGUUCUAGAAAAUCCGAGGGGAAAUUACAAACACGACUCUUCAACGUCUACAGAUGGCAACAGACAAGCAGAUACAAGCACAUUAGCACUGCAAAUCAAGAGCAUGAAUGAACGAUGCGACAGACUAGUAACACAAUUGGAAUCGAACUGUGAUUUUAAACUUAGAUCAUUACAAGGUCUUUUUCAGGUAGAUUCAAAAGGAACUGUCCAAUUUACACUUCCAGAGCUGAUGAUGACUCCCCUGUUUCAGGGAAUGAUUCCUGUUUUGAGUCCAUGGGUUGUUGAUAAAGAGACAACCCAAGCAAGAAUAGUCAAUUCUUUGGAUAUAAUGAAGUAUACUAUCAAGGCAUUACAGUCACUGGAUAGCAGACAUAAAGGGAUGCAGGUUACUUCCGAAAAAGACAAAGUCAGCGACCUUGUUACCGUAGAAAAGAUAAUUUUCAUUGAUGAAUUGGGAGGUACGCCAUCGAUUGAAAGAUAUCAAUCCAGUCACGUUCUAAUAAAUCUUCUACAAGAAUAUGAGUCAAUAAAAAGUGAACUUUUGAAGUGCAGAAUGUCAGAAAGAGACAGAAAUAUUCAUCUUAGGAAUUUGAUAGACAUGAACACGUUGUUAUCGAUUGCAACAGAGGCCACAGGAAUUCUUACGACUCCAGAAAUUGCAGGUCUCCAUGAACUGAGAUCGGGGACCAAUCCGAUUAUUCACAAUAUUUUAACCGACAGACCUACAAUAUCAUCCUCCCUCCCAGUGGAUCUUAAAAAGACCCCAAUGCUUAAUACGACCAUCAUAAAGAAGGGCAUUCCAAUUAUCGUCCAUCUGUCAAAGACUAAGGAUGCCGGGCUCAAUAUCGAGAAAAUGGCCGAUAACGGGGAAAUCGAUCUCGAAAAGUUACAAUUUUUAAUCGAAGACUCAUUUGGUCGAAAGCUUGACUUGAAACAUUAUCUUGAAAGGAUAAAUGGCCAUAUAUCUGGCUUGAUUAUAGCAGGAAAUUACGAGGGGUGUGCAAUUUUGACUUGGGAAAGAUCACCCCAUGACAAGGAUAGAAAAAUUGCAUAUUUGGACAAAUUCGCAGUUCUAAAAAGACUUCAAGGUCUUCCAGGACUAGCAGACAUUGUUUUCAAGGCCAUGCUCGUCAAUUUUAAAAAGGAGUUAAUUUGGCGGUCACGAAAGACAAAUCCAGUGAACAAAUGGUAUUUCGAUAGAUCAACGGCAAAUUACAGCAUUCCAAAUUCAAAUUGGCGAAUGUUCUACUCUGGUUCAAAGCCACCAUUGGAAAAAGACAUACGCGACUAUGUGGGUGUCUGCACAUCCAUUCCCCCUUCGUUCACUUCUUAA